CGUCAUUCUGCCAACUUCUCCUUUACUGUCAACCAUAAGUAACAGAACUGUUACUAUCAAAUUAAAAAACUCUUAAAAUAAUAAUUGGGCGAUUUUAAAGACUUUUCUGUAGUGAAUAUCAACUUUACAUAUUUUUUGUGGGAUAAUUGGUCGUUUCCAACGUUAGUUCAAAUUACAAAAAUGUUCAUCUGGGAUUGGUUUACCGGUGUACUUGGUUACUUGGGAUUAUGGAAGAAAUCAGGCAAGCUGCUUUUCCUAGGCCUGGACAAUGCUGGAAAAACAACUUUACUGCAUAUGCUCAAAGAUGAUAGGCUGGCACAGCAUCUUCCCACUUUACAUCCUAGUAAGGCUCUUAACAUUUUUCAUAAUGAAAUGUCCAGUCCACAUCACAUGCUUCACCUUCAUUUUUGUAGAAGAUCAUACCCCCGAAAAACAUUAAGGAACUUCGAUUCCUCCACAAAAAAUGUCUCCAAAUAUGCUAACCUUAUUUUUCUCUCUACAGCAAGGCGAGUGUGGAAGGACUACUUCCCUGCUGUUGACGCCAUUGUCUUUUUAGUAGAUGCCAAUGAUAGGAACAGAUUCAAAGAGAGUAAACAAGAAUUGGAUUCGCUACUCACAGACGAGACUCUUUCGAAUUGUCCGGUUCUUAUAUUAGGUAACAAAAUUGAUUUGCCUCAAGCAGCUUCGGAAGACGAACUAAGAAAUUACUAUGCCUUGUAUGGCCAAACAACUGGAAAGGGAAAGGUGGCAAGGUCCGAUUUGCCAGGACGUCCCCUCGAGCUCUUCAUGUGCUCCAUUCUGAAGAGGCAGGGAUACGGAGAAGGUUUCCGUUGGCUGGCCCAGUACAUCGACUGAAGUUUUUUUGUGCGAGUGGAUUCGUUAAGGUGUACCUACACGGUAUUCUUUCAUGAACAAGGUUUUUCUAUAUCAAUUCAUAUGUGACCUUUUUUUUUCGGUAUAAUUGGUUUUUUAUCGUGUAGUAUAUAUAAAAAAAAUAGUUUUAAUAGUAG